AUGGCUUCAGCCGAUCGGGAGGCGACUACCCCAUUCUUGCUUCGCCUGUUUUACAAGAAUGGGUCAUUUCACAGGCCUGACGAGUUCGCCGCCCGAAACCUACCGCCGUCGUUGUCCUUGUACACCUGGCCAACCUGUACUCUUACCGAACUAGCCCAACAAAUCGCCGCCGAAGACCCUUCACUAUUGCCCAGCCCGUCCUUGGGCACGAGGCUGGCCUUCCGAUUAGUCUACCCCGAUACCCGAAACGUAACAGCAGCGGCCGCCGCUCAUCAUGCGUCCGCACAACCGCGCUUCAUGGUAAAGGACCUUGGUAGUGUGGUGUUGGGCGGGGAUGAGGUAACAGCUGCGGCUCUCUCUGCGGCCAACGGUGCGGAGGGUGGCGACGAGGAUGUCGACAUGACGGGAACGCUGGCGCUGCCACCUACGGAUACGGCUGAUAAAACGCUGGGAGAGGCAAAGUUCGUCGUCGGAGACUACGUCUCGUGCGCCAUCUUGCCGCCACUGCCCGACGGCUCGGUAGCGCCAGCCAUGACGGCACGGAAUGACAGAACGGCUGGACCGAGGGGACCAGCUGUGGGACAGCCUUCACAUAACACGCGUCGAGACGCUGGCUUCGCAGGUCGCCAGGGUCGGGAUAGAGAACGACGCCGCCCUGGGUUCGGAGAAGGCAGGUUUCCGGAGGGAGAGUGGAGGAGGGGUGAAAGGCUUCCCGACGACCCUCCAGACCGCUCUUGGGGCAGAGGUAGGAGGGGAGGAAGUAGAUGGUGA